AUGAGUUCCUCAACUUCCAAUACCACCUCCUUGUCUUCUUUCUCAUCCUCCUCAUCAUCAUCCUCUGCCUCUUUUUCAUCCUCCGCUACAACCUUAGUCUCGUCAGGCACCUACAACUCCUCCGAUUCCGUCUCCCUGUCGCUCUCAUAUGAGUCUAUGGCAGUACACACCAGCGAAGGUGGGACAAUUCCCAUCCAGGGUAUUGCUCCCCUACGGCGGGAGACUGCUGAAAAGCAGAUACUCAGUGGGAUUACCCAGCUCGCGGUCAUGGUAGACCGCAGGGAUGCCCUCGGAAGCAGCCUCGACGGAGAGAGGAACAGACUUGCAUUAGGAAUCGAGGACGCUAAGGUACUGCUCGGCCUCCAUCUAUGUCGCAUAGAGGAUAACCUCACGAGAGAGGUUCUCCUGGAAACUUUCCUGAUUCACCUGGGGCCAACGGAUGCACCGUGGAUGCUUGCUCCACUCUUGGAACGUCUUGCCUCUGGUUUCUGA